AGAAUGUAUUAGAGUAAAACUUUGGAAAGAAAGACAAAACAAGUGUAAUGGACUGAAGUCUUGGUGAAUGCCAUCACUGCCUGCCUGCCGUCCAUAUAAUAUAAUCUAAACAAUCUAGGCAUGUGUGUUGUAAAUUGAACUUAUUUAGUACCAAUUAUUUAUAAACAGCCAGUCUGUUGGCAGAAGGAUCUUACAUUUUUUAUCAAAACAUUUUGCAUAAAUAAACGAUUGUGUACCUAUAUCACAUACUCGUGAUGUCCAAGAAUCGUUUGCCUUUAGGCCCAGGUGUUUUUUUCGGUUGACUUAUGUAGUGGGAUUAUAUGUAUUUUUUUAUAUUUAAUAUCAUUUAGUCAUGUUUAAGUCCCCCUGUCUUUCAAUCCGUAUACAAAUUUAAUUGUUAGAAGUUCAGACAUUGUGCUGGCGAUUGCAGAUAUGACAGGUGGAUCAGAAAGUGGUAAUGAAGACGUUGAGGUCGAACAUGACUCAAAGGUGAAAGACGAAAAACAAGAAAAUAAUAUUACUGAAAAUGAAGAUUUGCCAAAGCUAGAAGACUUAGAUGAGGAUUCCAGAGGUCAAGCCCAGGAUGAAGAACCUUCAAAUGAUAAGCAAGAAAGCAAAGGAGAAAAUUCUGAUGAAGAAGAACAAGAAUCAGUGUCAAGCUCGUCUGAAUCAGAAAGUGAUUCUAUGGAUGAGGAGGAAACAGAGAACAGAAGACUCAAAUAUAAAGAAGACAUUUUUGAUCUUGAAAAGCAAUUUUCUGAUUUGAAAGAACAACUAUACAAAGAGAAGGUGAAUCAAGUUGAAAACCAGCUGAUUGAAGUCCAAACCAACACAGCUAGUGAGUAUGUCAUUCCAUUGAAAGAGCUGGAGGACUCUUCCAGAAUAAGGAGUGAAGUUGCAGGUCAUCUUAAGGAGUACAGGUUGAUUUCCUUGGAUCAUAAAUUCAAAGCGGAAGUGCAGGCUUUAGACCAACAUUUUCAGAACGAAAAGCGGAAUCUUUUAGAAAACAUGAAAGCUGAGUUAGAGGAGAGACUUCGCAAGGUUGAAGAAGAUCGACAUACUGUAGAAAUGUAUUCAGAUAUUUGGCUAGAUGACAGUAUCUAUGCCCGGAAACGUAAAAAAGGAAUGGAAAUGUUUAUACCAGAGAAGCGAAAACGACCUGUAACCGUAUCAGGACCAUAUAUUGUUUACAUGCUCCGAGAAAUGGAUAUUCUUGAAGACUGGGCUGCAAUUCGGAAAGCUAAAAGCGAACUGGCACGACGAAAAACCGAAGAAGAAAAGCAUCCUCUUAUUCAAGCGAAAUAUGAAGACGGAAAAUUUUACUACGAAGGACAAUGGUUUCAUAAAGGAGACAAAGUCAUUCUUGACAAUCGAGUCGAUUCUCCUGUUAAAGCAACCAUCGCGACAAUUAACACUGGAGAGGUAUGGGUACGAAAGCGCGAUGGCAUAAAAUGCAAGCUAUAUAUUGCGCAGUUUCAGAAAGGAAAAUAUCUUAUGCAAAGACAAACCAGCGAAUCCACCCAAGAAUAAGCAAUUUGUUUAUAUUAAACAGCUUGUAUUACCUUCACGUUUUUUAGAAGCAAUGGCAUUGUUUUAUAUUGCUAUUUCCCCCUUAUGGACUGCCCCUUUUGAGACCAUACAUUAAGAUAGUAUUGCUACGUAAUGUUACUCUAAUAUCGAAGCCGCCCUAACAUUAAGCAUAUAUCUGUUUGCAACUUUGUUGAAGGCCACUAGUCCAAUGAUUAAGGAGUUUUCUCUUAGUAGAACUGACAUGUGUUACAAUGAGGAUCCCUAAAAUAUCAUCGAAGUGUAUCAUACGGAUCGUAACUUCAAUAUGAGGUUGAGUUAAAAAAUACCCUGCCAAUCAAAGUGAUAUUUCCCAAGACAAUGAGGUGAUCGAGUUUAUGCUGAAGUUGUCUGAGAUCCCAUAAAUCAAUUCCAGAAUAAUUUCUACUGUGUAAUUACCCGUGUAAAUAUUCGAAACUGAAACUAUAUUCCUGGUAACUAGCGAUUAGAACAAGUAAAGUUAAAUCUUGUGUUCUGCAGUCCAAUGUGAUAAUGUUUCACUUCGAGCAGAAAACAAGUUAGCAAAAUUGAAUGCUGCAGUAACAAGAUAGGUAGAGAAGGAGUUUUAAUAAAUAUUCCUGUUUUAACAAAGGUAAAGUUUUGAGACACAAAAUUUACUCCGAAUUUGAUCGCCAGAAUAAAACUGCUUUUAAGCUUCCAUUAUUUACUGGUGUUAGGAGUUAUUUUGACUAAGCAGCAACGUUAUUAAAUUUGAUUCUAGAACAGUUUCUUGCCUGCACACGUUUUUCUUUAAUUGCUUCAUUUAUAGGCAAACGAAUGUCACAAGGCUGGCCUCGCAGGUUUCUGCACAAUUUUAAUGUAAAAAAAUUAACUAAUUGUUUAAUUAGUCAUUUCGCUCUACCAGAUUUUAAAACCAUUCAAUGAUUUAAGUAUUUUCUUCAUAUCAAAAUGAUCAAUUGGACAGAAAAUGACAUCUGUUAAGAGGAAAAGUGAGUCGAAUAAAAUUGUGCUAUUUAAUACUCAGAUUAGGCUGAUAUAAGACAAAAUUAACUGAACAAUUUGAAAAUAUUCGUUCGAAUUUAGGCUUCGUUAAUGGUUGCUCUCUUCGCCCUUGCUUUCAACAAUAAAGAUCCAUGAAAUCAGCUGCUGUGAAUAAUGAAUUUGUUUUUCAAAAUGAAUCAUGUUUAUUAAUACGGGGGAUGGAAAAAUCGUACUGACAUUGAGGUUUUUUCGAGUAUUUAUUAAUCAAAUGUCCCAGAACUUAUACAGAUCCUUGAGAUUACAUAAAUUAAAUUUGCCUUAGCAGUCGUGCCAAAACGAGGUUGUCAGAAAACCCCGCUCACGUUCUUUUCAAAGAAGUGCUUCCAGAGAAGUCGAUCAAAACUUUGUUAGUUUGUGAAGUCAAGUUUUAUUACUACCUGAAAGGAAUCAAAUAGAGCACACCAAACUUCCUCAAAGGGGAGAAGGGGAUGUGGAACUGCUAUUUGCAUUUUUACUUUUUGCUUAGUGUGCCAAGUUUUCUUGCAGGGGCUGUAUAUAUUUAUCUUAGGUGAUCAGAAUUACGUUUCAGUAAAGAAGACACAGAACGAAAUGAAAAUAAUCGUAAUCAGGUCAUUAAGAAAACUUAUUUCUAAGGGUCGAAAAAUAAAAAUUGUCUCCGACAAAAGCUGUGAAAUUGUGGUAUCACAAGGCUCACUAUUAGGACGUAAGCUAUUCGCAAUUCUUGUAAAUGACUUUCCAAAAGGCAAAGAGAUGUCGCCAAGAGUAAUGUGUAGGUAACUUAUAAGAGAAAGUGUGCACUGCAAGUUGGCAUAAAUACUAUCUCUACCUGGUGCAGUAUAAACAGUCUAACCACAUCCAGGUAAAUCUGAAGGAAAGAUCAUGAAAAUUUAUAGGACCAGUGAAAGCGGUGGAAUUUAAGGUAUCAAAAAUUGUAAACAAAUAAUAAAAUAUUAUCUAGAUUAACUGAAGUAGAAAAUAAAGUUAACAAUGCCGCCACAUCGUUUAAUUUCAAGUAAAAGAAAAAAUGUCACACGGGCAGCUGUCAUCUCUUCUAAUGAUCCUUAAAAUUAUUUAUCUUUCUAAAUCUCUAAGGUUUUGAAUAUGAUGGUUUAUCAAUCAUAAACGAGCCACUAUUACAAAGAUAAAUGCGCGUUUAAGUAGAACUGAAGCGAGUUAACCCUAGAAACUUCUACGAAUCUUUGUUGAUAUCGUUAUUGAAAAUUCACCUGCAUCUUUAACUUUAAGGCCACUUGUGAAUAACCCGUAUGGGAAAAUCAGGUCUGUCCUGCCUUGAGGAAAGCUUACUUCUCAGUUGUUUCUUCAAAGAAACCAAGAGAAUAAACAUUUUAAGCAAUGCCAUGAGCAUAAUUAGUACCAAAACACUAUCAAAACAUAGUCGUUAAAGCAACACCUAACUACAGGGCGUUUCCUUUAAUAUUCUAAUAAACAGACAAAAUAUGUUUUAGCAACACCUUCUGUUAGGCCAAGCUUUCGAGACAAAAGUUUGUUAUCAUUUGACCAAUUGGGCCAUUUUCAAUAUAGUUUCUGCAUAAAAUGUUUAUAACCAUAUUGUUAUCAAUCAAAUGGCCAUAAAACAUAUUUUAUCAUGUCUCAAAAAGCUCUUUCGACUGAAAUUUACACCGACUGAAAACUUUGGGUACAUUAGAGGGCAACAGGAUUCCAAUGCAAAUUGGUUCAGGCACAUGGUAUAGAUAAUUUCCUUCGUAUUGCAGUUUGAUUUCACCUCACCUCAUAACUUUACUUGCCUCUGGAACGGUGUAUGUCUUGAGCAGACUCCAUUUCACAUGGUAGACCAUUCCACAAGCCAUUAGUUCAAAAUUUGUGUCUAUGAUGAAGCAAAUCAUGUGGAUUACACCGAGAGCUCCUCUGAUUAAGAUGAAGAUAUUUAUUUUUCGUAAAGAAAAUGCCAACCUGCUUCACCGUUUGGUAGAAUAGGAGAGAGAGUGGGAAACUUGCAUAUAGUUCUUCAUACGGGUGUGCAGCUGAUAUUGAGAAAAAUUCUAAAGACUUUUUUGGUAUGCUUUUGUUCUCUAACAGCGCCUUCAUAGCUGCGAAAUGCCAUAGUGAAGAACAAUUAUUAAAUUUUGAAAUAAGCUAGACACUGAAAGACUAUUCUCUUCUCUUUAAAAUCAACAAACUGUGUACUUUUAAGUAUUUGUAAGGAUGUUCAGCUGUGUACCAGUUAUCGUGAAUCAAAACUUUUUGGGGAACAAAGGAGCGUUUUUGUCACGAUUUAUACCUGAAAACUUUAAAUUAAUGCCUAUACGACUUGUACUAGAGUCAUUUUCAAUCAAAACAACCUAAUUUUUUUCUGGACGUAAGAACUAGAAAUAUCUGAUAUUCUCGCGGUAAGAAACCAUAUGAUCUGUCGUACAUCCAUUAAAGGCAUCCCUCAAAAUUAGAGAAGCGUGAUAAAUUAAUAUAACUGAUCAAUAGCUGGUAACAGACUUCUUUUGUUACGAGACGAAAACUCUUCAUUUGUUUUGGUUUCUUCCAAAUGAACGGUUCGAUCAACUAAUUAUAGCAUAGUUCCAUAAACGGGCACGGAAUGUAGACUUUAUAAUUGAGUCUUCUCUGGCAUCGUGUGCUUCUAAUGCAUAAUGAAGAAAACAAGUUCCGAUUUCUUCAUUUUCCACCAAGAUAUGAGAAAAACAUGUACACAACUCAGGUAUUAAAGGCAUAAGCAGGGCCUAGACUCAUCCAAAAGGUACAAAAUGCGUACGAUAAUUUCUCAAGUUUAAUUAGAAGAAUUUUUGCUCUUCGAUAUAUCCAUUGAUUAAUUAUUUGAUAUGUAAAGAUAUUUUCUUUAGUCGGUGUAAAUGAAAAAUUCAGCAGCUAUCCACACUGUAGUUUUAUUUAUUUACAUUGCCCAUGCGACAAAUUAAAAAAAUUUAAGCUUAUCUUCAGUAAUUUUACAGCUCAUAACCCCCGGUACGAUGUAUUCCUGCUGCCACAACAUUCUUUACGGAAAGGUGGCGAAAUCCUCUUACGCUGUAAAAGCCUAUUGAUAUGCCAAGCGACCGAAAUCACAACAUCACGAAAACUUGAUAGGACAGUUGUAUAGAAACAGCAUUGAGAUUGUUACAGCGUUUCUUCUCCUCCUUUUGUCUUGAUCAUGGCCAGCAUGAAAUUUUUCUAAGAUUUUCUAUGGAAGCAAAGUACUACAUUACGAACAGUAACGUAAAAAUCUAACUCAAUCUUGAAUUGGUUUUAAAGAUAUAUCAAUGCGAAUAACAAUAACAUUCCCUUAAAGAUGUUUUGAAAUGCAGAUCAUACUAAAGUUAUCAAAGCCCAUUAUCCCCUAGGUAAAAACAGAAGAACGUUCAGCAUUUAAGAAUUCUAUAUAAUGUUACACUUCUUCUUCUCUUCAUAAGGGUUCUUCCUUGAUCUUCCGGUUGGAAGAAGAAAAUCCUCAGAUUUGUGUGCCUCGCAGUAUUUCAUCAGUUCGGUUGCUGCAUCUGACAGCUUCAUCCGUCUCAAAUUUGCCUCAAGACGAAGUUCCUGGACGUGGCGCAUCUCUUCUACAAGGUGGUUUCUUUCCCUCCCUUGUCCAGAUACUGUGAAGUC